UGAUAUAUCUAGGUUGCUCCGGGAGGCCGAAGCCAUGGACUAUCAGAUAGAAGAAGAGGCUGGGUUCGUCGUUGAAGACGUGAGCACAAUCAUAAAAGAGUCGGUGGAAGCAACCAUAGGAGGAAAUGCCUACCAGCACAACCGAGUGAACCAGUGGACCACCAGUAUAGUGGAGCAGUGCCUCAGUCAGCUCAGCAAGCUGGGAAAGCCUUUCAAAUAUAUCAUAACCUGUGUCAUCAUGCAGAAAAAUGGAGCAGGUAUGCAAACAGCCAGCACAUGCUUCUGGGACAACUCUACUGAUGGAAGCUGUACAGUGAGAUGGGAGAACAAGUCUGUGUACUGCAUUGUCAGUGUAUUCGGGCUCGCCAUCUGAACCUACAACACCAAAUCCACUGAUUGUGUCCACAUUUUUG